AUGGACAGUAGGGGAAUCGAAACAGUUAGACUAGACAAUCUCAGACCAGUUCAAGUUUGGGUUAAGGUGGUCUUGAGAUGGUUUUUGAUCAAUAGAGGCGCCGAAGGGGCUCAUACAUACGUCAAAGAUUUGAUUUCGGAUCCUCUCCAACACCGCAUCGAUAUGAGCUAG